CCCUUUGAAAACGCCACGCAACUUCCCAGCGGCUCGACUAGACGUGAUAUCUGACGUUUUCAGCAUACAUACUGCCUGCAGGGAGUCUGGGAUUGAGGCUAUCGUUAGAGUGUGCCACGUCCAGUCAUGCCUGUUGUUCUUGGCUACUGGAGGCAGCGAGCGUAUGGACAGUCUAUCAGGCUGAUGUUAGAGCACACUGGCACGGACUACAAGGAAGAAGUAUAUGUUGCUGGUGGACCGCCAGAUUUCAGCAAAGAUUGCUGGAGGAGCAUCAAAGACAACUUUGGUCUCGACUUCCCAAAUCUUCCGUACUACAUCGAUGGCGACCUUAAAAUGACCCACAGCAUGGCGAUAAUGCGACAUCUGGGACGGAAAAACAACCUGUAUGGGGUGACUGAAGAGGAACAGAUUCGACAGGACAUGUUGGAACAGCAAGUCUCCGACUUUCGCGACGCGUAUUAUGAGCUGACCUACUUCGCAAAAGACUUCGAGAAGGAAAAGCCGGAAUACCUUAAGGAACUGCCCAAGGAACUGCAGCGGUUUUCUUCUUUUCUGGGCGAAAAGCCAUGGUUUGUUAGCGAAAAGAUGACAUACUGUGAUUUCCUGAUGUACGAACAUCUGGACCAGCAUCGCGUGUUGGAACCCUCGUGUCUCAACGGCUUCAAAAACCUACAGGACUUUAUGGAUCGGUUCGAGGCUCUCCCGAAGAUCGCAGCCUACCUAAAGUCGGACCGCUUCUUUGUCCAUCCGAUUUGUAACCGCCGGGCAAAGUUCAGCAACGAGCCGGACUACGUAUACAAACCACCAACAUAACAACUGGGCCAUAGUUAGUUAAGUUAGAUGUAUAUGUAUGCAAAGGAAUUCAGGAAUUGAGUAAAGAGACGAUUUUCACACAACCAAGUCUUUUAUUCAGCCGACGUUUCGGUGACCGUCUGUCAUCUUCCUCAGGGCAAUUCUGACUGGUUCACAUUGCACUGCACCACAGGUGUCACUGCUAUAGAUGCA